GAAAACUCCCGAGUUUAAGCCUCAAACAAUGGGCGUAGUCGGAGCACUAUCGGAAGUGACCAGCGCCAGUGAAGAUGCUCUUCGGUUACUUAUCUCUGUGCUUGCCGGAUACCCUCUGGCAGUAGUUCACCGUACAUUUUUCUACAAUAAACCGGCCCAACAUCAACAUUUAUUCUUUGUAAUCGUCGGCCUAAGCUUAUGGAUGUUCAAUUGUGGCUCAUCGGUUAUUCAUCCGAUUUUGAGCAUUUUUGGAGCAUUUUUCAUCACAAAUUUCAUGGCCGGAACCGAUGCCUCGAUUUAUGCGGCACAUAUUGUCUUUUUGGGACAUUUAUUGAUUGGUUAUUGGUUUCAUGAGACUGAUACAUAUGAUAUUACAUGGACAACACCUUUCUGUAUUAUGACGUUGAGAUUUAUCGGUCUCGUAAUGGAUGUCUACGACGGAGCACAAAAGCCGGAGCACUUGAAGCCCGAUCAAAAGCUUACAGCAAUCAGUGACAAGCCGGGCCUAUUGGAAAUUGCCGCUUUUGGGCUCUUUUUCCAGGGAACCCUCGUCGGACCACAAUUCACACUUUCAAAAUUCCGUUCAUUUGUUAAUGGAGACUGGUUGGAUUCUGAUGGUCAACCACCGAAAUCUGCAUUCCUUCCGUCAAUUGGCCGUUUUCUUGCCGGUUGUACCUAUAUGGUACUCCAUCAAUGGGGACAAUUCUGGAUUCCUGAUCAAUAUUUUAAUUCUGAUGCCUACAACAAUUUAUCCUUUUUCUGGCGGUGGUCAUGGGUUACCCUGUGGUUUAGGCUUACAAUGUACAAAUAUUGUGCAAUGUGGCUUAUCACUGAAGGAGCAUCGAUUUUGAGUGGGCUGGGACAUAAUGGAAAGGAUGCAGAGGGAAAUGAUAGAUGGGACGGAGUUCGUGACCUUCACAUCAUCAAAUGGGAGACCGGACACGACUAUAACUCGGUCGUCGAGUCGUUCAACUGCGGAACCAAUACUUUUGCCAAAAACCAUAUUCAUCGUCGUCUCCGUUGGGUUAACAAUAAAUUGGCAUCACACGUGAUAACUCUAUCAUAUUUGGCAAUUUGGCAUGGAUAUCAUCUUGGUUAUUUCCUUCUUUUCGGCGUUGAACUCGGAUGUGUUCAGGCUCAAAAUCAGCUUUAUGCUCUGAUUAAGAGGACUCCCGGAUGGUCUGAGGCCAUUUCUAAGCCUAUUUCCAGGCCGUUUAUCUGGAUUUUUGGAAAACUCACAAUUUCCUACUCGAUGGGAUUCGCUUUCCUUAUGUUUGGACUAAUUAAGACUAAAUAUUGGAUUGGGCCCGUCAAAAGUCUGUAUUUCAUCGGCUUCAUCAUCUAUUUCAUCGUUUGGCCCAUCCUCCACAUGGUCCUGCUCCGUGUGCUGCCACGUCACCCGAAGAAGGCGGCGGCCGAAAAGCCCGAAGAAGUCAAGAAAGAGCUCUAAAUAUUUUUGCAAUUUUCAGUCAUUCUCUAUUUUUUGUCGAAUUUUAAUAUUUUUCAGGUUUUUCACUCUCUCUCUCCAUGUUUCUCAUCGCAAAAGACAUUUAAAAAAUAUCGAUUUAUUU